AUGUCCGCUCAUUGGUCACCAGAUUUGUUUGCGGACAUAUACAAUGCAAUUAAGUUUCAGUCCGAUGUUGAUGUUUCAUCUAUUGAUUUAUCAAGUAUAUCCCAUGAUCUCACGGAAGUAUUGAAAACCCCAUCACCACUGACAGAAUCUCGAAAUAAGUUGAAUUCUGUAAUUAAAUUCAGCAAUGGCGAUGAGGUGCAGUUGAACCAAGAAUUUCUUGAGUUGAGUGUUUUGUUAGCUACUGAGCUCGAUCUAGAUGAGGUUUGCACAGCGGAGUUGUUGUUCUAUAGUGAAGAUGUUAGUUAUAGAAAGGGGACAUCGUUAAUGGACAGUGCGAAGUUGUCAUACUUCAGUCGAGGCGAAUACAUUUUAAACAUUUUGAUUUACCUCAUAGGGAAUAGGAUAUUGGCUUUGAACCCGAUCGAAGUUUUCGAUAACGUUAUUGCAAGCUACCACAAGGUCUAUAAACUAAUUGGCAUUUCGAAUGACUUGAUUGACAAACAAAAGGUAACAGGGAACUUGCUGAACUUGGUAUUUGUUAAUGGAGUUAAUUUUGUGAGGUCUCAAUUGUUCAAAUUUCACGAACUAUUGGGCACAUUGUUAUAUGCAUUGAGUGAAUCUUAUUUCGAUGACAUCGGAACGAUUGAAAAUUACGAAAAGGUGGUGAAAGUGGUGAAACUGUUGCAAAAUGACGACCUUUUUGUCUUUCAUUUCUUUCCAUUUGUUUUGAAUUUUCACGUUAAAGCAAGGGAGAGCACAGGUUUGAUUGAUAAGUUGUAUACAUUUAUUACAAAGCCCAUCCCCGUGGACCGAAAAGAGGGUGUGUUUGAUCUAUCACAAGCUCAACUUCAUGGAUUUGAAAUCGUAACUGGAUUCAUUUUUUUAACUGAGUUUAUUCCUUGGUGCAAACACAACGAUACCAAGAAAUAUGAUUUUCAAAAGAAUAUAAUUACUCAUAUGGAGCUGCUAAUUUCAAUUGGAGUAAUGGAACUAUUAUUGAGCUAUUGUGCCGAGACAAGCACACCAGAAACGCGACGUGUUUUUGAAUUGUCUGAUACAUAUGACUUCAGAUCGUUACUACAAAGAACAGUACCACCAUUUGCACCAAAAAAAUUUGUAUACCAAGGUUCAACAGAGCUUUUGAAUUUGGCCAAACAGAGACCGGAAUUCGUGAAUGUGAUUAAAUUGGUUGAUGUAUCUUUCUUGAAAUUGAACCCAGAGCUAAAUGAUUCCUUGAUAUCUCCCUUGUUACAGCAUUUUUUUAGUACUUUCAUUGCAGAUGCGGCGUUAGUAUUAACUUCUUUACGAGAUAGCGAAGAAGAUUUUGCUUUAUCUUUUCUGGAUAGAAAUGAAGAAGUGAGUGACGAAGAUAGUGACAAUGAGGAGCGUACAAAGGCAGAGCAUCCACAGCUACUGGAGCUAGAUGAAAUUGCUCAACGUGCAGACUUGGAGAGAUUUUAUUUGGCUUUUGCUUACAAUUGCAACAAUAGACCUGAGUUGUGCUCGGCAUUUUGGACUGAUGAGUGCAAUACAAAUGAAGUGCUCGGAUUUAUAUCUUGGGGUUUGCACAAUAACACCUCACCCUUGAUUGCUGCUAGUUUCAGUAUUCUUUUGGCGUCGUUAUCGUCAGGUGGCUCCAAUAUUGCAAGCAAGAUAUGGGAUAUUUUAAUCAACAACAACACUCAUUCGAAGAAAAAUGAUUAUUCAAGAAUUUCAAUUGACUCAAUAUUUGAUUCAUUAAACUAUUAUAUCGAGUCUUUAAACAGCAACUUUGAACAAGACUUGGAUGGCCAAUUGAGUAUAUACCAUAAACGUCACGAGCUAGUUUUUUCCAAUAAAGGCGUUGGAGAUGUUAAAGACAAUGGUGAGAACAAAAUUGUUAUUGAGCUUGCCGAAGACUCCAUAGUUUCAAUAUCUGGAUUUGUGAGAUUGAUUUCAUCAAUAAUGAUAAACUUGUCAGGUUCUGAGCGAGCAAACCAAAUCAAAACUAUAGCCUUCAAUAGAUUUAUGCCAAUUAUAAAGGGGUUUUUAGAGUUUGACAACUUAAUAAAUGGGGGUAAAGUUUUGCAAGUUGAUGUCAAUGCACAUAACUCCACAAUGAAUCCGAGCUAUAUAAACUUGCCUGAUAUUCACGUUAGCGACGACUCCAGAAUUGUAUUGCUGAACUUGAUUUUCCAACUUUUAGGAAAUUUGGCUGAAAACAAUGACGAUUCAUUUAUAAGGUAUGAAUCAUGGAAGUUGUUAGACCGUUGGAUGUACCAUGGAUUACAUUUAACCCAACCCCAACCGAAUGAUUUGUUUAGUAAUCAGCUGGAGAGAAAAAAAUACUCGAGAAAGAGAUCAAUAGGAACAAUCGAAGUGUUUGCAAAUAACUUGACUCAUUACAGUCAGGUGCUCAAUUUUGCUGACCUUGUUAAGAAAUUGUUGCAACCGUUGAAUCCAGAUGGCACCCAGAAGUAUACAUUGGCUUAUCCUUGUGAUUUAGGAUACGGCUACAGACCAAACAAUAAAAUCGGAAUUUGGCCAUACAUUGAAUUUCUUUUGGUUGAUGUGUUGGGUAAGUCACAUAGCUUAUCAAAUGAGCUGUAUAGAGAUUCUUUACAGAUGCUUUUGCUUCAAUUGUGCGUCGAAUCAUUGCAUGAAAUUGAUUGGGUAUUCUUGAGUGAGUCUGCAUUGAACAUUAUCAGGGACUUUAGAUCUUUUGAGUCUAUCUUUGAUUCAUUGAUCCCAGGUUUACCUAUCAAUUAUGAGUUGUUCGUGAAGUUACAUCAUUCACUAGCAGUAUUCACAUGCUUUUUCGACAGUAGUGCUUACACUGCGCUAUUCAAAAUCAUCGAUCAUGGAGUGGAAUCAGUCAAUGCUUCCGGUGAUAUUGCAACUUUGGUUAAUCAAGCACUAAAUGUGUUUAAUACUUUGUUAGGUAUGCAAGAUAAUUUCCGUGAACAUUUGUUACCGGUAUUGGCUCGCAAAAACAUACUGCAUCAGCCAGUUCAUAGGAACUCUAUCAUGAGUAUCAACACAUCUAUGACUAAGGUGUUGAGUCAACCAACUUCCAUUUUCGACAACAUUUAUCACUCGAAAAUUGUUGGGUUAUCGGGUAUCAAAACCUUUUAUGACGUAAUUUUAUUCAACUUGUCUUCUGUUGCUCACAUUGCAUUAUUUGUCAAUUGUGACAAUUCAAUUUCACGCAAUGCCUUGAAGAUAUUAAGCAAGUUGGGGAAAGCAGAUCAUUUUAGAAGUAGCAAGUCUGAAGCGGACCCGUUGUUGGGUAGUGAUCGUUUACUCACUACGUUUUUAAACAUCGAUGAAUCAGAGAAGAUUAAAUUUGCUUUCAUUGAGAAAUUUGAAGAAAUUGAAGAUACUUUGGAGAUCAAGUUCGAGAUUCUAGACCUUCUUGCCAGUCUACUCGAUCCUGCAAAAAGGGCACUCAGUAUUUCUCACUUCUUAUUGGGGUUCAACAUCAAAGCAAACACUUUGAGCUUGAGCGAUUCAGAGCACACGACAUUGCUAGACAUUCUUCUAGGCACGUUGAGAGAUAGUCUAAAUUUGAUUUCAGAGUUGGAUUUUGGAAACGGCAACAGACAUGUUGUUGAUGUUGGACCUGCAAAGUUGUCAUCAUUGAUUUUAGAGAUUUUGAUUAAGCUCUGUUCAAACCCAGAUUCUUCAUCGAUAACCAUGAACAGGGUGCGUGAUCACAAUUUAGUCGAGAAAUUGGUCAGCUUCCAACCAAAAUUAGACUUGAUGACAAGUUGGUGUGGAUAUGAAUUUGAUGGAGAUCUUGGAGUCAGCGCCGAAAAUUACUUCAUCAGCUCAUUACCAAGCAUUAAUACAUUUACCGCGUUCAUUACACAACGUGAAUUGGCAUUAAAAUUAUUAUCAUUGGAGCUUUAUAAUAUGCAGUCAACCACCCAGAAGAAGUAUUAUUCUGAGCUUUUGAUUUCUAAAAACCAGUUCCCCAAUGGGACAGCUAAAAUUAUUGACUUCCUUGAUGUCUUGAACUUUAGUUUUAGGAACUUUGAAGUUGAAAAGUAUGACUAUUUGAAUCGUUCGUUCAACGUUGAGGCAAUUUUGAAGCAAGUACAAGGACCGAAUUAUACUUUAGAUUAUACCAUUUUGGAAAAGAUCUACAAAAUAUUAUGUCAAAGUUCAAACAUGGUCACUCCUGAGUCGAAGCAACAGUACAGCGAGGAGGUUAUGGCGGAGGGAAACAAAAUGCAGGAGUUUGUGACAAAGUAUCUUGUGAUGAACAAUUCACGCGAUGUUCAAUUGAAAUGUUUAAUCUCGUGGUGUCAGUUAGUAUUGGUGUUGCAAGAUCAAGUAACUACAAGCGAUUUCAUCGUAGAUGUUUUUAACUCCCUUUUGCCGAAAGUUUUGAUUUAUCUAGAAUCAGACACAGUGUUCUCAGAAGAGUUGGUAUCACUAUGCGCCUCACUAUUUGAUAUCUACGUGAGCAAGUUCUUCAAUUUUGAGAAUGACAAACAAGCAAAUUUGGUCGUGGGGCAACUUAUGCCAUUAUUUCAAACUUGUAUUUCCGGAGUAAUCAAUUCUCAUGCUACUCCAAACAUGAGGUCAGAAUUGUAUUCGAUAUUGAGUAAGUUUAUACUGAAGGUUUUUCAAAACCCAUCAUUAUCUGAGAAGCUUUUGGACUUGGUGAGUUCUAUUCAUAAGAAACUUUUGCCAAUUUUGACUAAUGACGCCUUGUACUCUGAAGGCUUAUCGCGAAUCAAUUCAAUCUUCUUGAUUGAGUCUUUUUUGAAGUUGGAAGGUCUGAGCCAAUCGGACUUUAUUUCGAAUCACAUCCUCAAACAGAGCUUUUUGUCACAAGUUAUUCGUGCUUUAAGACGAACUGAUCAAGUGAUCAAGUUGGCCACGUCUAAAACUUCUGAAUUGACAUUUAAUGAACUUUUCGUUGAGCUUACAGCCUUUAAGGCGAAUAUAUACCUACUCAUAAAAAUAGCUCAGUCUCAAAAGGGGGCAUUACAAUUGGUGCAGAAUGAGCUAUUUGUGACUUUAACAAACUUGGAGUUCUUGAAGAUUGAUCCAGAUUUAGGAUUAACAUUGAAUGUGCAUGAAGUUCAGGAUUUCAAGAAUAUCAGAAUAAGAGUGCUUUUGGAUACACCAUUAUCAUUGUCAGACUUGGUCAAUCCAGAAUCCAAACACGAAGACACGAUUUCCUUGAAUGAGUUGGUUGUUCCUGUAUUUGAAUUGGUGACAACUGUCCUACUUUCUAUGGGUCCAACUUACAAACCGGGGGUGGUGCAAACCGGACAGUUUAUGAAAGCGGUUGAUGAGUUAGUUAUGGGUGUUUUGAAAAGGGAUUAUUUAUUGGAAAGUGGCCAAGUCAGUAAGGCACUUUAUGAAAAAGAAGGUAAUGAGAUUCAAUUGUUGCAAAAAUUGGUACGUUUAUUUACAGUGAUAGACUCAAUAGUUAGUACAUAG